UUCUGCUUCCACAGCUACCACCGUACCCCGAAACGUGUAUACCAGCUUUAGACAUCAAUCGCUUCCCGCUCGUACCCAUUGCAAUGGCUCCAAACACGGUUCCUAGCAAGCGCAAGCGCGACGAGUCCGCUCCUGGAGUUCCCGUCCCUCCACCAUCCAGUCCGGACAUGCAGCUUGCCUCGAAUGGGCAAUCCAGUGAGGGCGUCGUCCCACCCGCAAAACGGGCGCGUACGACCAUGAAUACUCCCAAAACAACCAAGCCUACUGGCGCGGCCGCAAGUUCUCAGGCGCAUGCGCAGAUUGCGCCGCCCGCUCCAGCCCCGUCGGCAACGUCCGCACCGACUGGACAAGGCCCGCUCCUCUCCGUGUCCAUGACCGAGUUCCCCGACGCCCCCGAUCCAAUCCAAUUUCCGCACCAACACGCCGCCUUUGCGCGUGAAGUUCGAGGGCUAAAGCCGCGACUAGAUAAUGACCCGGUAAGCUCUACCUCGGCCACCGUCCCGCUCAAGAUCCGACACGUAAUGAACGACCAUUACUACCUCGGAUACACCCAGAAAGAAUGCAUUUCUCGGUAUCAGGCGGUAGGCGGCGGUGCGGGGACAGGAGCUGGCAUAUCAAAGAUUCUCCUGGACCACGCAAUGGCCUUCUAUACUGAGAAGGGCGUCGUGGCUCCUUGGAAGGCCCGAGGAAAAGCGGAUAGGCAGCGACUGGCAGCACUGGGGUUGACAGAGCAGAACUUCCCGAUCGUGCAUCCGGCUGUUCAGCUGGGCACGCCAAAGUCUCAGGCACAAGCGGCGGCUCAGCAAGGUGUUCAGCCUGGUGCUCAGUCAGGUGCUACUGCAUUGGCAGCACAGGGUCCGACCCCAUAUACUCCGGCUUCAGGUCAACUUGCUCCUGCUCAGGCCCCAAAACAGCCUCGCGCUCGUGACUCCCGACGUGCUGCAACGUCAACUUCGCAGAGAGCCUCUCAUGGGCCACCUGCGCUUCCGAUUCUCGACGGAGAAACGAACGAUUUCUUUUCCCUAAUGGAUAUCGAUGACGAGUCCGAUUCCGGUUCCAAUUCCGAUUCCGAGUGCGAGUCACAUUCCGAGUGGGAUCUCAUUGCAAACCGGGAGUUCCGACGCCGCAAGGUUCCGCAGCACGAUAACCUCCAGUACCAUCCAGAACGACCAAUGGGUAAUGGGGCUACUACUGAGGACCACGUCCGGGCGGCGCUCAACGUUAUCCGCAAUGCCGUCGAGGUACGCCUCGGAAGCUCGCCCGAUAAGGUCCAAGGCAUCAUUCGUGGAGAUGCCUUGGUCCACUACACCGACGCAGCUGGCGACUUCGGGAUACGUGUCGGCGACCAGCGCCGUACGAUCACCGUUGAUGCUGAAGACGGAGAAGUCGUGCGAACUUUCAUAAACUCCAUCUCUCCUGUCCCACGGAAGACUCUUCCAACCCACAAUCUCCGGUACAACCCAGAUGAUGUCGACAAGUUCGGCAUUAUCAACAAGGAUAGCAUUAUAGCGACACCUAUCCAGUACACUACUAAGCGCUUGUGGAAGCAGUACUUCUUCGCUAAGCAGAUGAAGUCCGCUCAUGCCAGGGAUAUGGUGGUCGACCGCUUCUGCUGGAAUUACAAAGAGUGGAAGCGCACGGGCGAAGAGGAGUUCAAUGUGCUCACCUUCGAUAUCCUAGAGACCUUCAACCGCCUCGAUCCGGUUGAAGACCGCCCCAUUCUUAACUUCUUCCUAGAUGUGCUGAAGGCAGAGGGCAAGCUCACGCCUAGGGACGACUGGCUGCAGUUCUCGGGCCUGAUUCAGUACUUCUUCCACUAUCGCGUGUGGUCGAAGGAGCGUGGUCACUUGCACGACAAGCCGAAGCAGGCCGACCUCUGCGAUCGCUAUCACUCCCACACGCUCGGUGGCGAGUGUUACAAGGAGAUUGCCAAGGACUACAUCCCAGAGAGGCUCGCAGACUGGCUCUACUAUUCUGUAGAAGAGCGCCUCCUUUCUCAGCAGAACGCGUCCCCUAACAGCGGUGCGAAGAAGCUCUUGAAGCAAAUCGACAUAACGCCGCUAGAAGAUAAUUCGUCGGCAGCCGUGGAUGCUUCGAACCUAGGCAAUAAUUCCCAUUCGCCGCGAGUAUACAAGUGGGUACUGGGAGCAGCAGGCCGGCAAGCGCGACAAAAGAUGAUGGACCGCAUGCAGCAGGAACGACUGCGAGACCUGGGCUGGUAUUUCCAUGCCUUCGGCAACGAUGCCUGGGAGGGGUACCGCAUGCUCUUGGAUCAGUAUAUCGAAUUUGAUCAGGCAUGCAAAUACAACCACGGAUUGGUAGAUGCGCGGCGCGAGAUAAGGACGAUCCUGGACGCGAUUGAGGCGGGGAAUCUCAACAACAUAGACUUCGAUCGGUGUACGUGGGAGGAGGUGUACUGCCUCAUGCGGAAAGUGUAUAGGGAGGUGGUGGACGCGCGGGCAGAACGCGCCAGACAGGCAGCGGUAGGAGAAGCAGCUGAGGGGUUGGUUUGAAGAAGCUGGCUUAUAACGAUAAGGCUGUCGCUGACGAAGGCGGCGUCUUCAUAGAUUGAGGAUGGGCGUCACACGAGAGUUCACGCUGAUACAUUUGGGGGCUGUAGAAGC